AUGGCACGCACAAAGCAAUCUGCAAGAAAGAAUGCAUAUCCUUGCUCGCCAUCCUCAUCAUAUCCUUCAUCUGACUCAAUACAACGCUCACCAUCUCCACCACCACGACCAACUCCUUCACAUAUCUCUUCUGGUACCACUUUUUCUGACUACCUCUCAUCUUCCCUAGAAAACAACUCCAACCCUAUCAAUCCCAAUCCUUUGUCCACUGUUCUUCCACCGCUCUGCACAUGUUCCCCUCCUAAUCUCGCUCAAGUUCCCCCACAUCUGCGAAAACCUAUGAUACCAAAAAGACAUUCUAUGAGAGUACAGUCAGGUAUUGGAACCUCAACAACCACCACCAUACAACCAUUCUACUUCAUCAUUUUCGAUUCCGAGACAGAUGACUCAUCUGAUACUCCCCUUCACACAACCGCUACACAGAAAGAAAAAACCCAACCCAUCACUCCAUCAAAAUCUUCUUUCUCCUCCAAACCUUCUCAAUCAACUCCUCCAAAUAAGAAAAGGAGAUUGAUCAAUGAAAUCUUCUCAUAUCUUCCUAAACCAUCUCAACCUUCCUCUCAGUCUAAAAAACUAACGUCACGUUCUAUGAAAACGAAAACCACCAUGAACAUUGUACAAUUCUUGGCUAGAAACAACCUCAGAAAUCCUCAAAGAACGAAAAUGCAUGCACCCAAACAAAACUGGAAACCCACUAAACCCGCCUCUCCAGAACAUUCUCUGUUUUCAAAAUGUUCCCCAACCCUCACUCCAGAACGUUCUCCUCAUCAAGAACGUUCUCCAGUCUGUAUUCCCUCUCCUUCUCCACAACAAGAACAUUCUUCACAUCAAGAACGUUCUCCUGCUCAAUCGUCAUCUCCUUCACAUCCUCAACAACAUUCUUCAAUCCCAAAAACCUCCCCAAUUCAUACAUCAUCCCCCUCACCAAAUUCAAAAUGUUCUCUCAUACCAGAACGUUCAUCUUCGUCCACAUCUGAAUCAUCUGAACCAUCUCAACCCUCCAAAAAAUCAAAACCAAACACACUUCCUCUUAUUUCACCCAAAAACUCAAAAACUUUCAAAGACAAAUAG